AUGCGCGUUUGGUUGCUGGAAAAUACUGAAAGCGUCCGUCCGCUAAGGGAUGGUGGAAAACUGCCUGUGCUGAACAGCGAACUGACUAAUAACCACCCCUCCCUCGUACGAGGACACACUAAGGUUGACGGAAACAGGGAGGACAGGUCCUGUUGGGAAUUGUACAGCAGCACCAUUACUGCUCCAAUAGUCCAUUCUGUGGACUCAUUGGACGUUUUCUUCGACAACCCAGCAGUUUCUCCGGAUUCCUGUUACGUCUGA